CGGGAGAGGAAGUGACGCUGUUGCCGAAAAGAUGGCGGCAACGGCGACGAUUCCAUCUUCAACUACGGCCUCGGCCACGACGACAGCCACUGCGGCUGCUCUCGGGGAGGUGGAGGAUGAAGGGCUCCUGGCGUCGCUGUUCCGGGACCGCUUUCCGGAGGCCCAGUGGCGGGAGCGGCCUGACGUGGGACGCUAUCUCAGAGAGUUGAGUGGCUCAGGACUGGAGCGGCUGCGGCGGGAGCCCGAGCGCCUGGCCGAGGAGCGAGCGCAGCUGCUGCAGCAGACGCGCGACUUGGCCUUCGCCAACUACAAGACCUUCAUCCGCGGCGCCGAGUGCACCGAGCGCAUCCACCGUCUCUUUGGGGAUGUGGAGGAGUCGCUCGGCCGCCUGCUCGACCGCUUGCCCAGCUUCCAACAGAGCUGCAGGAAUUUUGUGAAAGAGGCUGAGGAGAUCAGUUCCAAUCGCCGGAUGAACACCCUGACUCUAAACCGGCACACGGAAAUCCUGGAGAUCCUGGAGAUCCCUCAGCUCAUGGACACCUGUGUCCGGAACAGCUAUUAUGAAGAGGCCCUGGAGCUGGCAGCCUACGUACGCCGACUAGAAAGGAAAUACUCCUCCAUCCCUGUCAUCCAGGGCAUUGUGAAUGAAGUGCGCCAGUCCAUGCAGCUGAUGCUGAGCCAGCUGAUCCAACAACUGAGGACCAACAUCCAGCUCCCUGCCUGCCUCCGUGUCAUUGGCUUUCUACGGCAAAUGGAUGUCUUCACUGAGGCUGAGCUGAGGGUCAAGUUUCUUCAGGCCCGAGAUGCUUGGCUCCGUUCCAUCCUGACUGCCAUCCCCAAUGAUGAUCCCUAUUUCCACAUCACAAAAACUAUCGAGGCCUGCCGUGUCCAUCUGUUCGAUAUUAUCACCCAGUACCGUGCCAUCUUCUCAGACGAGGACCCUCUGCUGCCUCCUGCCAUGGGUGAGCACAUGGUGAAUGAGAGUGCCAUCUUCCACGGCUGGGUGCUGCAGAAAGUCUCACAGUUCCUGCAGGUGCUGGAGACCGACCUUAACCGAGGGAUUGGCAGCCGUCUGGACUCUCUGCUGGGCCAGUGCAUGUACUUUGGGCUGUCCUUCAGUCGAGUAGGGGCUGAUUUCCGGGGUCAGUUGGCACCUGUUUUCCAGCAGGUGGCUAUCGGCACUUUCCAGAAAGCAAUUCAGGAGGCCGUUGAGAAGUUCCAGGAUGAAAUGAACUCUUAUACCCUCAUCUCGACUCCAGCCGUCCUGGGCAGCAGUACCCUGCCGGCUGCUGCUCCAGUCACUCAGCCAGGGACCCUGCAGCCGCCCAUGGUGCUCUUAGAUUUCCCGCCCCUUGCCUGCUUCCUCAACAACAUUCUGGUCGCCUUCAAUGAUCUACGCCUCUGCUGCCCUGUGGCCCUGGCGCAGGAUGUGACCAGGGCCCUGGAGGACGCCCUUGACAAGGUAACUAAAGUAAUCCUGGCCUUCCAUCGUGCAGAAGAGGCUGCCUUCAGCAGUGGGGAGCAAGAGCUCUUUGUCCAGUUCUGCACUGUCUUCCUGGAAGACCUUGUUCCUUAUUUAAAUCGCUGUCUCCAAGUCCUCUUUCCUCCAGCUCAGAUCACACAGACCUUAGGCAUUCCACCCACUCAGCUCUCCAAGUACGGAAACCUGGGGCACGUGAACGUCAGCGUCGUCCAGGAGCCUCUGGCCUUUAUCCUGCCCAAGAGAGAGCCGGUCUUCUGUCUGGACAAGGAGCUAGUCCCGGAGCUCCCGGCUCCAGCGCCAGCACUGCCCCCCGAGGCGCCGAGGUUGGACCCUAGAGGAGAGCAGGUGGCGUGGCAGGCAAGUGGGUGGGCAGCCCGCAUCAUCCAGCACGAGAUGGACCACUUGCAGGGCUGCCUGUUCAUUGACAAAAUGGACAGCAAGACGUUUACAAACAUCCACUGGAUGGAGGUGAAUGACUAACCAAGACACACUGCACUCCGGCUUUGAGCUGGGCACAUCUUCCUUGCUGGACUUGGUGCUGGCUCUGCUCUGACAGAAAACAACGGACUGCCAGAGCUACCAAACUGAGUUGGAGGAAGAUGCUAAAAAUGUGUACUCUGAAAUGAGCUAUGGACAAUAUAUUGCUUUCAACCUGAGAAGAAAAGUAUCUCCUCUAAAAGAGUGGACAUUUCCUGGCAAUUUUGUAUAGAGAUGGGAGGUGAGGGGUGCAAAUAAAUAGCCACUCAGUAGAUGUGAUUUCAGAGGAGUGUAGCUAUCUAUUCCCCAAGCCACGAUUAGAUAAUGAUGUAACCCCCAAACAUCUGAAAGCUGUAUUUAAAAUGCAGAUUAAGGUUGUGGUU